AUGGCCAACCAUGAGGUCAUCACUUGGGAGUCUUUCAGAAAGGCGUUCAUGGAUAAGUACUUCCCGGAAACAGCAAGGGAAGAAAUGGAGAACAGGUUCCUCAGCUUGAGGCAAGGACCUACCUCUGUGGGAGAGUAUGCUGCACGUUUGGAAGCCCUAUCCAAACACUUUCGAUUCUUCCAGAACCAGGUAGAUGAGGCUUACCUAUGCAACAGGUUCAUGCGAGGGUUGAGGAAUGAGAUUGAGAAGGCUGUGAGGCCUUUGGGAAUCAGGGUCUACCAACAGCUAGUGGAGAAGGCCCGUGAAGUCGAGGCUAUGGAAAACAGGCAGAGAGGCCGCCCAGGGAACGGAGGAUCAGUACGCCCGGGACAGAAUCAACCGGGAAGAUUCAAUGGACAGAGACCAGUGGGGAAGUUCGAUAAGGGCAAGGCGCCAAUGAGAAAGCCUUACCAGCGCCCAGCUGCCCAAGUGCCAAAUGUUGUGAGGGGAGCAGCCCUUGUUUCAAAGGAAGAUGUGACCUGCUACAAGUGCAAUGAGAAAGGACACUAUGCUAAUGAAUGUGGCAAGGAGAUUGUAUGCUGGAGAUGCCGAAAACCAGGACAUGUGGAGAGAAAUUGCCCGAGUGCUGCUAAAGCUGAGCCAGUGCUGAAUACCGCCAGAGGGAGACGACCAUCUGCUCCAGGUCGUGUCUUUGCUAUUUCUGGCGAACAGGCCGCUGUUACUGAUGACCUUAUCCAGGGUACGUGUCUUAUUGCUGGGACAUCACUAAUGGUUUUAUUUGAUUCGGGUGCCACGCACUCAUUCAUUGCUGAGGACUGUGUGAAGAGGUUAGGGUUACUGACUGCUGACCUACCCUUCGAUCUAGUGGUGACAACCCCUGCCGCCGAUCGACUAGUUACACGCACGACAUGCUUGCAAUGUCCGUUGGUUUACGAGGAUCGGAAGUUCUUUGCGAACCUCGUCUGUUUAGGGCUCAAAGAACUGGAUGUGAUCUUGGGAAUGGAUUGGUUAGCGCAAUAUCACGUGCUCUUAGAUUGUGCUAACAAGGCGGUAGUAUUCCCAGAUCCCGGUGUUACGGAUUACUUAAACUCGUACAACUUGGGGAAGGGUUCACCGGCGUAUGUGAACUCUAUCGUUGCCGAAGCGAAACAUGAUGGUGAUGUGCGCAAUAUCUUGGUGGUACAGGAGUAUGUCGAUGUGUUUCCCGAAGAUGUACCCGGUUUGCCACCAGUCAGAGAGACGGAGUUCUCUAUUGACAUUGUGCCCGGUACUGGACCAAUAUCGAUGGCACCUUAUCGUAUGGCCCCAUCGGAGUUGGUAGAGUUGGCAAAGCAGUUGGAUGAUCUCUCCUCAAAGGGAUUCAUUCGACCUAGCGUAUCGCCAUGGGGUGCACCUGUGCUAUUGUCGUCAGUCCACCUUCUGGAGCUGAAACUCCUCAAUGAGGAGGAAGACCGAGCCUGGAUGGCCGACACGUCCGGGAUUCGGAGGAUUUAUGUCGGCGGCGCGGAGUUGACGAGUUAUGACGUGUAUGGAGGGGUGAUGGAGGUCCAGCGCGUACAUGGAGGAUCCAUUCGUAUGCCCUACGCACCUCCACGAUUUCAGAUUCCCCAGGAUGAUGGUUCGAGGGUCUCUUCUGUGGAGCUCGACCCAUCUGAAGAAGUAGUGUCCAAGCCUCAAGCGCCGGCCAAGGAGCAGCGGAAUGGGUGGCUUGAGGGUUCUGAUGGAGACCCUGCCAAUCCAGAAGGGAGGGACGCCAAGAAGAGAGUUGAGGGUAUCCUUGGGGCGGUGUGA